UGCGGAGGCAGUAUUAAGUGGCUCGCUCCACUGCACCAACCGCAAGUGUCCCAGUCCGCAACGAAAUGUGCGCCCGCAACAUGCUGGAGAAGCUGUCCGAGGGCAAGGUCGCCGAGCUGACGCAGGUGCCGCCCCAACUGGUGCCGACGACGCCCAAGAUGCCUCCGCCGGCCAAGCGGCCCAAGCGGAUAUCCAACCUGGUCAUGUCCUCCGUGCCCAGGGAAACUGUCCUGCCGCCCGACGCGAUAGCCAAGAUGACCGCCUACACCAAGGAAUGCGUCGAUGUCGGCUACGCCAUGGCCGGCAAACUCCAACAGUCCAAUUUUUUCAUAGUUCUCACUCGCACCACGCAGCCAGCACACGCUAUUCUUUUCACGGCGGUGCUGAUUGUGGCCUCGAGUCUCAUGCCCAGCAGCCAGGGCACUUCCUCUAAGUCAACGUCGUCCGCGCUCCUCUACCUGGCGUGCUUCGCGGCCCACUUCGGGGCGCAGCUCUGGAUGACCUUUGUCUCCGGUUUGUCUCUCUACUUCUCGCUGCCGCGACACAAUUUCGGCGCCGUGCAGCGCGUCCUUUUCCCACGCUAUUUCACCCUGAACGCCGUGCUGAGCAUGGGCACCCUGCUGGGCUUCGUCCGCCAACACCCGUCCAGCAGUUGGAGUAACGUCCACAUCAUACAGGGAGUUGUGCUUUCAGCCUGCUUUUUGGGCGAACUGGCUGUGCGCCUGUACCUGACAGGGCCGCUCGUGUCGCUAAUUUCGAAAAAGGAAGAAAUUGAGAGCCAAGCUGGUCUCGGCUCCGAGGUGGGCCGUCAGGAGAUGGGCGGGCUGGUGCACUGUCCGCACUACCGCCGGCUGCACCAGAGCUUCCGCAAGGUGCACUGCACCAUCGCGAUCGCCAACAUGGCCUGCCUCGCCUCGUCCGCCUUCCACCUGCACUUCAUGGCGCAGAAGUUGGCUGCCCUUUCGUGAUAUUCGCCCCCCCACUAGACGGGACAAAUUGCAUUUGCUUGGCCAAAGAUUUGUGACCGCAAGUCUGGAUAAGAAGAGUCUGAUCAAGUUCUGCCUGUGUGGACCGCGAAGAAUCGACGUUGAACGUUUCGAGUUCUUGGGUCAGGUAUAAAAUGCGAGUGACCGAGUUCGAGUGUUCGAAUAAAUGGAAAACAACAGCUUGUUUUUAUUUUGUAUUUUCUCCAACUGUGCUACAAGAUGUGUUACUUAAUAGUAAUCGAUUAUACACUAAGUAUUUAUUGAAAUGGUGUAUUAAACAAGUUCUCAUUUGAAA